UCGCUCUGCCAGCCGACUGAGCUCUCAAAUCCAACUCAAAAACACAGGGCAGAACACUACACACUUCUGCAACAGGACACAAGAUUUAAUGCAAUAUUACAACAAUUUGAAAACAGCAACAAUGAAGACAACACUGGCAACUCUGACUCUCUGCCUGGUGGUGCUCAUGGCCACAGGUUUCCCCUUGGAGAAGAAAGGGGGCUCAUCCUCCGGCAGUGCUGCCAAGGAGAAGCGUGUACAGUACGCAGCUUGGGAUGAUGUGAAUGUCAUCGCUCAUGGCCUGCUGCAGCUGGGCCAGGGGCUGAAGGAGCACGUGGACAAAACUAAAGUCCAGAUGAGGGACAUUUCCACCAAGCUGAAGGUGUUCAAUCGCACAGUGACCGAGCUGGGGAAGGAAGGCCAGAAGCUGCGAAUGGAGGGGGAGACCCUGAAGGCUCGAGCCCAUGGACUGGAGGACAGAGAGGGGCAGCUGCUCAAUGUCACGGCCGAGCUGAGGGAGAAGGCGGAGGAGAUGAAUCAGGAGAGGAAGACGAUGAGCGAGAGGAUGAACCGGCUGGAGGAGAGGGUGGACAGCAUGCUGCAGAGGGGAGCUGGGCUGCCUGACUCCAACGCUGGGGCCAAGAACAGCAGUGAUGCUCACAACAUCCAGCUGAUGCUGGAGGGUCAAAACAAACGCAUUGACGAUCUGAUGGAGCGGAUCAGACUCCAGCAGGAGAAGCUUGACAAGCAGAAUGUGCGCAUCAGGACACUGCAGAGCCAGGUUCAACAGGUCCGUCAGAGAACUUCCCUGCAAAGCAGCCAGAAUGACAUGCAGAGCAGCGUCGCCGAGCAAAGCGACUCACCAGUCGGUAAGUAAAGCCAGAAAGCGCCCAAAAUC